AUGGGCCGCACCGCCAGGAAGCCUGCGACCAGCAAGGCGGACAAGACAACCAAGAAGGCGGCGAGGAGUGGCAUUCCCAAGUAUGCCUACCUGGCCAAGAGUGUGCUUGCAGCAUACCCAGACGAGGAAGGAAACGCGCUAUGGCUGGGCAUGAAGGAUUCGGUCGCAGAGCUGCUGGCGCCGGAGAACCUGGUGGAGAAGGCGAACAACAAGAACACAGAGAUGCUCGCGCGCCCAGGGCUUGCCCUUAGCUUGGCCGCGGCGGCCACACACCACGGAGCCAAGGCGGUGGUCAAGGGAAGCGCGAAGAAGGCGCUGGACGUUCUGGCGAUCGAGCUGAAGAAGCCGGAAGGGCAGGCUUUCUUGCAGGCAGUCAAAGAUUUGAACUUGGGAAAGCAAGGCACGCCAUCGCGUGCAACGGUGCGCAAGGCCAUCCAGGGCCACGUGAAGUACCUGAAAGCGGCCGGUUCCGAGCUUCAGACCGCGCUGGUGGAUGUCGCGGCCACCUCAGCGAAGGUUUACCUGUUCGCCAUGCACUGCUUGGAGCAAAAGGCUUUGCUGGGCAAGCCGACCGCAUUCGCCAAGAAGUGGCGACGCAGCAGCACGCAGCCCAAGGAACUGAGGGACUGGCUCAAGGCGCCCGGCGACAGUGACGUUUUGGAGGAGGCCUUGGCAAACAUGGUGAUGGCCAAGGUCGCAUCGCACAAGCAAGCAGCGAAGGCGGAGUCGCCCGCGGAGCCGGCCAGCCCGAAGCCAGCUGCACUGCAUUUUAGUUCAGACGACGAAGAAAGCGAGGGCGCGGAAGACCUUGUAGCGACAGCGAUGGCCCAGUGGGAUGCCGGCGAAGCAGCAGUUCUGGCGCAUGAAGUGGCGGCUGGCUUGUUGAACAUCAAAGACAAGAACAAGCGGCUGAGUCUCUCGGCGCUCGUGGCGUUGCUCGACAACAUCCCGGCAAAGGUGCUGGUGGAGGCCGGGUUGUCUGAGGCACACGCCGGGCUGAAGAAGCUUCAAAGAUUGCCCAAGGAGGAGAAGGUACAGGAUCUGCUGCGUCGGCUGGAGGAGCUGUGCACGGUCAGGGCAAGCAUGGCAGCCACGGAGGGUUCGAGCGAAGAUCGGGACAACUGGUCGGUGAAGGUGCUCAUGGAAGAUCGGAAGCUGCAGGCUGUGGACCCCAACACGGCCCAAGCAUCUGAGUGCGAGUCCAUCGCCCUGGUGCGCAAGGGCGGCUGA